AUGAGGUGGAACUUUUUGUAUGGAGACCUUGGCAUUGCCAAGUUUGAGGCUAGUCCCAACUACCCAGGCACUCGACGAUUGGAGUCAGAGCCUUUGGCCAAGAUUGGAGAGAAUAACCUGAAACGAGCGGUUUCAGAGAUGAGAUACGAAUACAACUUCAGCAGUGCUGCAAACAUUCUCUGUGAGGAAUGA